CAUUGCCCCUCCUACCUGUCCAUAAAAGUGGAAACCAUGCUGCGCUGCCCGAAGCCUCGAACAACAGUACACUUUCUGUCUUCUGAAUCUUCUACCUUCACUUCUCCAUCAGAGAGAUAAACAGACAGGCAGAGACAGAGAGAGGCCAGGAGAGAGAGAGAGGACAUGGCUGAGCCUCUCCUCUCUGCCCGCUUGUUUGUACUGGUGGAGCACCUCUGUCUUCUACAUCAUAUCCAUGCGGGGGCAUUUUAUGGGCACAAACCACUGCCCCAACAGCACCAACCUCUGGCACAGAUACCUCACCAGCAGCAUGGCAAUGAGGGGAUACCCCAACACCAUUACUAUGGGAAGGAAAUGCCACUCAUGCAAUAUGGAAAUGAGAUGCCUUUGCUUCCACAGUAUGGAAAAGAACGUCCACAGAUACCCAUGCACAUGGGUAAACCCAAUCUAGGAAAAGGUGAAUCUAUUCCAAGAGGAGAGAAAGGUAUCCCUGGUGAAGCUGGUCAAAUGGGGCCUCCAGGACCUCAGGGCCCCCCCGGACUUCCUGGUCAUGGCAUCCCAGGACCUCCUGGAAAACCUGGUCACCAAGGUCCACCAGGAUAUCCUGGGAUUGGAAAACCAGGAAUGCCAGGAUUGCCAGGAAAACCUGGGGGCAUAGGUUUACGAGGACCAAAGGGUGAGUUAGGACCAGUUGGUGGUAAAGGGCCAGUAGGAUUGCCAGGACCUUCAGGACCUCCAGGGCCCCAUGGCCUACCAGGUGUGGGAAAAUCAGGUGAACAAGGACUUCCAGGACAACCUGGGCCCCAUGGAGAACCAGGAGACAAGGGCCUUCCUGGGCUCCCUGGCAUUCCAGGGUUAAAAGGUGAGAAUGGAAUUGGUCUCCCAGGACUCCCAGGUGUAAAGGGACCUUCUGGACCUCCAGGACCACCAGGACAAGGAGGGCAACCAGGUGUUGGCAAGCCAGGACUGAUCGGAAUACCUGGGGCUCCUGGAGGCCCAGGUAAACCUGGUGCACCUGGAGAACCAGGACUAGUAGGAGUUACUGGGGAGAGAGGGCAAAUAGGGCCACCAGGACAACCAGGUUUUGGUAAACCUGGUUUGGAUGGAUUGCCAGGAAAACCAGGUCUCCAAGGUGGAAAAGGUGAGCCAGGUCCCCCUGGUUUACCUGGGGCUCCAGGCUUGCCUGGAUUUGGCAAGCCUGGAUAUCCUGGCCUCAAAGGUGAAAAAGGACAUGGUGGGUUGCCUGGCCCUCAGGGCCCAAAAGGUGAGAAGGGUUAUGGUGGUCUUCCUGGAAUGAUUGGACAACCAGGUCCAAGUGGCUUCCCGGGUCCUCCAGGUCUCUUGGGACCUCCUGGAAACAUUGGUUUCCCUGGUACAAAAGGAGAGGGAGGUGCAGUAGGACCAAAGGGACCACUUGGUCCAAAAGGUGAUCCAGGACCUCCAGGACUUCCAGGAAAAUCAGGAUUUCCAGGAGAAGUAGGGCAGCCAGGAUCUAGAGGCUUUCCUGGAUCCUUGGGGCCUAAGGGUGAAAAUGGACACAAAGGCUUGCCUGGCCUACCUGGAUUCCCUGGAAAGCCUGGUGCAAAAGGAGAAGGUGGAUUUCCAGGACAGAAAGGUCAUCCAGGGCCGAUGGGAAUCCCAGGAUUAAUGGGUCCAGCAGGACCAAUAGGCCCACCUGGUCUCCCAGGGCCAAAAGGAGAAUUUGGGCCACCAGGAAGACCUGGACCACCAGGUGAGGGAAAACCAGGAUUUACAGGCCCAUUAGGUCCCCCUGGUACACCUGGACCUGGUGGACCCCCUGGUCAACCCGGAAUACCUGGUCCUCCUGGCCCACCUGGGCCUCCUGGGCCUCCAGCUCAAUCUUCUGUAGACGGGCAAAUCCUUCCUGAGACAGGUCCUGGGCUAGAUGGUGUCAAAGGUGGUUAUUCAAAAGAAAAUUUUGGUGGAGCCAUAUUUGGUAGGAAUGGCCUAGAGAUGCCUGCAUUUACUGCCCAGCUAACAACACCAUUCCCUCUAGUUGGGCAGCCUGUUGUCUUCAACAAGCUUCUAUAUAAUGGCAACCAGAAUUACAAUCCUCAAACAGGCAUCUUCACUUGCAAAAUACCUGGAAUUUACUACUUUGCCUACCAUGUUCACUGCAAAGGAGAAAAUGUAUGGGUGGCCUUGUACAGGAACAAUGAGCCAGUUAUGUACACAUAUGAUGAAUAUAAAAAAAGUUACCUGGAUCAGGCAUCAGGGAGUGCAGUGCUGCCUUUACAAGCUGGAGAUACUGUAUAUAUCCAGCUACCAUCAGACCAAGCUGCAGGACUUUAUGCCGGUCCAUAUGUCCACUCAUCAUUCUCUGGGUAUUUGUUAUAUCCUAUGUGAAUAUGUGAAAAGUGUCACCCAUGGCCAAACAGUACAAAAGUAAAAGUUACUGUUAAAAAGUUACCGCUUUUCUCUCCCGGACGGGCGCUUGACCAUGCCCCCGCUGCCACAGUUACACACUUCAAACUUCUAAUGUGUAUGUUCCCACAGUGGAGAGACAUGUUAAAAAAUGUAAAGUAUUGAAGGGACAAUUUUUUGAUGUGUUCAGUCCACUUUUUUCCGGAACUAGCUGGUCACACAUUAAAACACUAAAGAAAUUAAUACAUUUUGUUAAAGGAAUAGUUCACCCAAAAAUGAUAACUCUGUCAUCUUUUACUCACUCUUAUGCCAUCUUUCAUAUGCAGAACACAAAGAUAUUUUAAUGGAGGUAUGUCUGUUUGUCCAUACAAUGUAAGUGAAUGGAAACCAAAUUUUCAAGUUCAAAAAAGGACAUAAAGAGGGGGACCUGGGAAGCUCAGCGAGUACUGAUGCUGACUACCACCCCUGGAGUCAUGCGUUCAAAUCCAGGGUGUGCUGAGUGACUCCAGCCAGGUCUGCUAAGCAACCAAAUUGGCCUGGUUGCUCAGGAGGGUAGAGUCACAUGGGGUAACCUCCUCGUGGUCGCUAUAAAGUGGUUCUCACUCUCGGUGAGGCGUGUGGUGAGUUGUGCGUGGAUUCCACAGAGAAUAGCGUGGAGCCUCCAUAUGCACUGUAUCUCAACAAGCCACGUGAUAAGAUGCGCAGAUUGAUGUCUCGGACACAGAGGCAACUAAGAUUCGUCCUCCACCCGGACUGAGAAUAUUAUUUCAAGCUCGAUUACACUUCCUAGCACUUGAUGCAUAAACAGAGAUGGCUUUAGGAAAUGUAAUCGAGUAUGAAAUCAUGAUUGCCAAGGAGACUGGUUUUAUAGUUAAGAUGAGUAAGAUUUAAGCCUGUUCUGACCCAAUAUCGAGUAGAUGGCUUCAGAAGAUUAAACCACUGGAGUUUUCUCAGCGUCCGAAAUAUACUUUUGUUUUCUUUGUUUAUUUCGAGUGAGUCAAUUAAUUAAGUCAGUCAAUUUAUUUAGUAAGCUCCAACUGAUUCGUAAAUCUUGUUAAUUCACAAAUAAGAACCGACUUAAGAGUAAUUCAUCCGGAAAUCGGACAAUAGUGUUAGUUGUCCACUGUAGUUGGUUAUUUUCUAAAAUGAACUGGCUCAAAUAAUCAUUUGUUUGGGAAUUGGACCUUAGGACUACAGAGCACCCUUGAGGACAAAACAUGAACAUUUAAGCGCAAUAAACGGCGCUGCUAUACCAAUGUAAGGUCAUAAACACCGUAAGAAUAAACCAGUCGACAUGGGUAGAUUGUUGACCAUUACACCAAUUUUGCUUUGCAUCUAAACACCUUAACCGGCGCUUUUACUGGCUCAUCCAAUUUGUGCACAAUUUGUGCCUCUUCAAGUUUUGACGUCAAAAGCAGAGAAUAAUGCGAUUAUUUCAAAUUUCAUGUACAUGCAGAUUUCUUGCCAUGUCAGAUUUUUUAAAUAAGCUUAUUUUAGAGAGUAAUCAGUGAAUUGGUGUGCAUGUAACAGACUCAUUAAUAGAAAAGAAAAAGCACUAGGCAGAGCAGCAGGUGACACUGUGAAAUUCACCGGCCAGUUAGAAAAUGUACCUGCAUUUGGAGCUUGGCGGGUGUUCAUUUCAGACCGUUUAGGCUGCCCUUAUGUCCUUUUGUGAGCUUGAAAUUUUUUAAUCACCAUUCACUUGCAUUGUAUGUACAAACAGACAUAAUAAUAUAUCUCCAUUAAAAUAUCUUCAUUUGUGUUCUGCAGCAGAAAGAAAGUCAAGUUUGAGAUGACAUAAGGGUGAAUAAAUGAUGAAAGAAUGAUAAUUUUGGGUGAAAUAUUCCAUUAUAGGUCGUUUUUUAUAGGUGAAUUCAUAUAUAGUGAGAUAAUGUUGCAAAUAUGUUUUAAGCAUCCACAUUAUCACACAUCUUACAGUAUUCCAUCCAUGUGGAUCUCGCACUUUGAUAGAACUCAUGUCACAUUAUUUAUUUUCAUAUUUCCUAUUCUUUUGUAGUAUACUGUAUUAGUUGUGUAUAGCUGGGGUCACAUUGACUACAUAUCAGUGUAAAAUGAUGAAAUACUCAGAUUGUCAGAUAUGGAGAAUGUUUUGUUUGGCUAGAUGUUCGAUAUGCACUAUUUUCCUGCUGUUGUAGUAAUUUCUUUUUGUACCAUCUCUAUGAACUUCAAGAGAGUAAAUAAGCACAUAAGGGUUUAAGGUACAUUUUGUUUUUAAAUAAUCACAUUAUGUAACAGUAAAACAGUACAAUACAUAUAUGAAAUGUUCUGUACCUAACAUUUAGGUUAUUUUAUGCCGACCAGGCCAUUGUUUAUCAAAGCAAGGGAUAGUCAAUGUUAAUGAGUACAAUAUCGCCAUUUCAAGUUGACAGGCCAAUUUUGUUCAAACACAUAAACAUUCUAAGUUGCAAUCAAGCAGUCUUUGAUGUUUAAUCUUAAAAUGUUUUAUCUUUUAUCUUAAACAUCUCUGUAAUUUAUUUUUAGAUUUACUACUGAAUGCUUACAUGUGUAUAUGUGCAAAAAGAGGGUGGGGUACAAAAAGAAGGAAUUUAUCCUUUUUUUACAAUUAUUUCUGACAAUGGUGUUAAACUGUUAAAUGAACAUUGACUGAAGUUGUAAUGUCAUUAUAUAUUUUUUAUUAUUGUUAUUAUUUUUGAAUAAAUCAAUUUGACUGAGA